GUCCAUCGAGCCAGCAGCGAGAGAUAGCAGCUCUCGCCCCAGCCGCUGGCCAACAGUGAGCAGUAACUGAAAGGAGGACGCUUGCACACUAUGUCGGAGAUGGCGAUGGCGAAAGCAGCCCCCGAGAAGGAAGUGGACACAGCAUUAUUGGUCACGCGCAAGAAUCCGCGCGGGAUCCCGGAAGUGGUCUUCAUCGAUGAUGUCGUCCAAUUCCUGGCGCGACUAGGUGUAGAAGAGGUGGAAACUCCCAUCGGGGCCUUCAACGAGCUCUACAGCAAGUACAAGCUGAUGGAGAGCAACAUGGACAAAGCCAAGCAGUCCAUGAAGGACAAAGUGCCCGAAAUUGAGCGCUCGCUCGAGCUCGUCAGGCACCUCCAGGAACGACAGGACAAGGAGGAAACCGUCAAGACUAACUAUAGCCUAGCCGACACAGUGUUCGCAAAAGCAGAACUUAAGUGUGACGGCCGGGUAUGCAUCUGGCUUGGGGCAUCGGUGAUGGUGGAGUACACAUACAAGGAGGCUCUGGAGUUGCUCGAGAGAAACUUGGCGACUGCCCUGGAGAAAAAAAAAACAACACAGGAAGACUUGGAGUUUUUGCGAAACCAGAGCAUCACCGUGGAGGUGAACAUGGCGCGCUUGUACAACUACGACGUCCUGAGGCGGCGGAAGGCAGAAGAAGCCAAAAAGAGGAAAGAGGAGGCUAAGUCCGCGGCGUGAUAACCUGAUCACCUCGAACGGGCCUUGAGAUUAGUUAUAUCGUUAUAUGUUUUAUCCAACUCGAGUU